AUGACUUGACAUCCUCCCGACCAUUGGGGAAGGGAUGGAGUGAGACAGCGAUGGAUGGAGAGAGUGCGCGCGCGAGAGAGAGAAAGAGAGAGACAGAGAGAGCGAGAGAGAGAGCAUAAAGAACUUUGUUACCGGGCGCAGCAGCAUCUCCGUCUGCACGGCGUGUGAAAAGAGAAGCAUUUACAGUCAAUCAGCAUUUUCUCUUUUUUCCUGUUUUCUUCCGGACAUUGGUGGAGUGUGCUCAGGGGCUCCCGUUUUUUGUUGCUGUUGUUUUUGAUAGAUGAGACAUAAAAGACAUGCUGAGAGCGAGCCUGCGUUCCAACCCAUGGGUGUGAGAUGACGUUGAGGAUACUUUAGCGGGACUCUGAGCUCGGACGCCGGGAAAAUGCAUCUUUGGAUCUCUUGUGUGUUGCUGAGCGCAGCCUCUGUGUGCACAGUUGGGAUGUCUUACGGAGGAGGACCCUGUGAAAGACUGUGUGCAUGUGAGGAGAGAGAGGGAGUACUCACGGUGAGCUGUGAAAAUAGAGGAAUUGGGAGCAUCUCUGAAAUAAACCCGCUAAACUUCCCACAGUAUCAUCUGCUGCUCACUGGAAAUUUUUUAAAGAAGCUGGCUGCUAAUGAUUUUGUCGACUAUCGAGGACUCACCAUAUUACAUCUGGGGAAUAAUGAGAUAUCCCUGAUUGAAGCUGGAGCUUUUACAGGACUUCAGGGAUUAAAACGAUUACAUCUCAACAGUAACAAAAUUGAUGCCUUGAAGGAGGAGCUUUUCUGGGGCCUUGAAAGUCUGGAGUAUCUGCAGCUUGAUUAUAAUUACAUCACUCAAGUGGCGCCCAACGCCCUCGGCAGACUUCGACACCUGGAGGUGUUGAUUCUCAACGACAACUUGAUAUCUACUCUGCCUGUGAACAUUUUCCAGCAUGUACCACUGACUCAUCUGGACUUGAGGGGGAAUCAGCUGAAAGUGCUUCCUUACUCGGGUCUGCUGGAGCACAUGAACAGUGUCGUGGAGCUGCAGCUGGAGGAGAAUCCAUGGAACUGCUCCUGUGACUUGAUCGCCCUCAAGACGUGGCUAGAGAGCAUCUCGUACACAGCGUUGGUUGGAGACGUUGUUUGCGAGUUCCCCUUCCGCCUCCACGGGAGGGAUCUUGAUGAGGUCUCAAAGCAAGAGCUGUGCCCGAGGAGGGCCAUUGCCGAGUACGAGAUGCCGCCACUGCCGCAUUUGAACCCAGACGCCUACUACAGGAGCACGCCAGCAAUUGCCACAUCCUCCCUAACCUCAUCUGGUAUAGCAAGGUCAUCGUCAAGACCCACCAAAGGACCUCGGCAGUCAGGUAAAUUAAAAUCAAGACCGACUGCUCGCCUGGCCGCAAACAAACCUCAGAAUUACGGUCAAAUUAUUUCAUAUCAAACCAAAUCCCCUGUGCCUUUAGACUGCCCGUCUGCCUGCACCUGCAACCUUCAGAUUUCAGACCUCGGCCUGAAUGUGAACUGCCAGGAACGAAAAAUUGAGCACAUUUCCGAUUUAGAUCCCAAACCCUACAAUCCUAAAAAGAUGUAUCUCACAGGAAAUUAUAUCCCUGUGGUGCGGAGGACGGAUUUCAUUGAGGCAACCGGAUUAGAUUUGCUUCAUCUAGGGAACAAUCGGAUAGCUCAAAUCCACGACAAAGCUUUUGCUGAUUUGACUCAUCUCAGGAGACUCUAUCUUAAUGGGAAUUUGAUAGACCACCUUACAGAGGAUAUGUUCUGUGGACUACAGAGUUUACAGUUCCUGUAUUUAGAGUACAACGUUAUUAAGGAGGUUGCCGCAGACACAUUCCAGCAUGUUCCCAAACUCCAGCUUCUGUUUUUGAACAACAACCUCUUGAAAACGUUACCGGUGGGGGCGUUUAGCGGUCUCACGUUGGCCAGGCUCAAUCUUCGCAGCAACCAUCUGCGUUAUCUGCCCAUCAGCGGUGUGAUCAAUCAGCUGACGGCGCUGGUACAAGUGGAUUUGUAUGAGAACCCCUGGGAUUGCUCGUGUAGCAUUCUGGACUUGAAGAUGUGGCUGGAACAGCUCAGCACAGGCACUGUUGUAAACAACGUCAUCUGUGGCUCACCCAAAAGGCUCGCCGGGGAAGAUAUGCGCUACAUUAAGACGGCUAAUUUCUGCCCUAAUAACACAGCUACACCGGCAUCUAUGAUCCCCCCUUCGGAAGAAUCCUUCCCUGGCAGCACCAUUACGAUCGAAACGCCACUGGACUCGGACACACAAUACGGUGGCAUCCCUUUAUCAGUGAUGAUCCUUGCCCUCCUGCUCAUGUUCAUUGUAUCCGUCUUUGUGGCUGCAGGAUUGUUCGUAACGAUGAGGAAGAGACAUCAAAAGAGUCAAAAGGAGCACAACAACUCCAUGAAUGCUUGCAUCAGCUCUCUCAACAUGGAGUAUGGACUGUACAAAAAAGGAACCAUCCCAAAGGUCAGGACAUCUGCUGGACAUGUGUAUGAGUAUAUUCCGCCCCCCUCGGAGCAAACAUGCAGAACUACAGGCCAAACAUCCACAGAUAGCAAAUCAGUGGAGGGAUUUCGGGAUUUUGAUGAGCUGAGCGGUCCCUUUCUGGGCAACUCUGAUGAAGAAGCAGCAAGUAAUGUAAUAGGCUCAGAAUACAGCACCACUACUCCGGAGCCUCUCAAUAAGCCUUCCACACUGCACCAAGAUGAUCAGUCUUACUACAGAGAAGUACUCAGUCAGGACCAGAACCCACGCUACAGCAAUACGCUACCAUGCAGGCACACAACACGUCCGUCCAGUCAGUACACGUCAGACUUUGACGCAAGGCAUCAGUACGUGCAUCCCGACAGAGUACAACAGACAAUACUGUACUGUACAGCACCGAGUACUGUUUAUGUGGAGCCUAACAGGAGCGAGUAUUGGGAACUGAAGGCUAAGCUUCACAUUGAUCCGGAUUACCUUGAGGUCCUUGAGAAAAGAACAACAUUUACUCAGUUUUAAGUAAGUGACAAACACUGAAACUGUGUGAAAGACACAGUUGAAUCAGGAAUUUGAUCAUUCUGCAAACACAGGUAUAACUUUACAGCAUCAUGAUGAGUAUGAUGGAUUGGGAGAUGCCGCAUUAUGUGGAACAGUGACAUUUACUGCUGCAUGUCAGGCUAUCCAAUCACAAGUGGAUUCACUUAGAUUGAGAAAACACUGAGAUCUAAUCAAUACAUUUGGAAAUAUCGCUUUGGGUGAUGUUAGUGUAAUCCUUUUCAUACUGUAGCCAUGGCUGUUGGAGUAUAUAGCAGCAGGAUUCAGCAUUUUUCCGAGUGUAACAUCCAGCAUUUUUUCCAUCAUUUCUUACUAGAUUUUUGUGAUGCUGCGCAACAACAAAGGCUCACUCCAACCUCCAUUUACAUUUACAAGCGUUUCCUUGAAAGCUGCUGUCUUUCUAGCCAACAUUGAUCCAAUCACGGAUACGCCAUUUGUGCAGUUCAAGGGUAUUGCUCUUAACAGACAUUCUAUGGGAUUUGUUGUUGUUGCACCUGAUUGGAAAGCACGUGACUAUAAAAUGAACAUUUAAAGAUGUAAUUUACGGGAAUGUUAUUGUCAUAGUGCUACGAUUUAAAAAAGAGUAAUAAUAUGACCAGAAUAAAGUUGUAAUUUUACCAGAAUAAAAUAUCUGAAUAAAAUAUCAAAAAUAAUACAAGAUAAAAGAAAUUUAUCAUUGAAAUAUUGCAAAUUACCUAACAUUAUUUUUGAAAAACCUUUUAAUGGUAGUAUUGCGACAUUUUUCCUGAGCAAAUACACGUUUAUUCACGGAACAUUUUUUAUUACAACUUAAUUUUUGUAGAAUUGCGACUUUCUUAAAAAUAUUACCUUUGUGUUAACUUAGUAGAGGGGUGUCCAAACUUUUUCCACCGGGGGCCACAUACUGAAAAAUGAAAGGAUGCGAGGGCCACUUAGACAUCCUGUAAACCAACACAUGUAGAUGAAGUUAUAGAAGUUAUACAUACUAUAUAUUAUAUUAUAGAUUAUAUAUAUAUAUUAUAUAUACAUAUUUCAACCAAAAAACUGCACCUCACCUUGACCCCCCCCCCCCCGCCCCCCCAUUUUAUUUGAUUUUUAUUUUUUCAAAUAUUUCAACUUUCUUAAAUGUUCUUUUCGUGCUACAGUGUUAUGACUUUAUUCCCAUAAUGUUAUAACUUAUUAAUUUCCAAAAGUUACAACUUUACCGGUAUUUUCUUUUCUUAAAGAUGACAUAUAUAUGCUACUAAAACCUUACUACUUUUGCUCAUAAUAUUACGAGUUUACUCCUGUAAAAUUGUGACUUUCUUUCUCGUUUCAGUACAACUUUUUUCUUUUGAUAUUUUGACUUUAUUCUCGUAAAAUGACAGCGUUUUUUUUUUUUUUAGUUCUGCUGAUGUUGUUGUUUUUUUGGUUCUUUUUUUAACUUUCUUCUUGUAAAUUUGCUUUUUAGUCAUAUUAUGAUGUAUUCCCUAAUUUUAUUACGUUUUCCGCAAACCGAUUGACCCAUAAUUACAACUUUAUUUGUUGUUUUUCAUAAUAUCACGACUUUAAAAUAAUUACAUAUUUUUUCUUGAAUAUUUCAACUUUUCGCUACUAAAAUGACGUUACUUUUCCUCAUAACAGAAUGUCAUUCUUGUAAAAUACAUAAUGUACUGUAACUUUUUCUCAAUAGUUUACUUUUUUCUCUCUUAAUAUUUCAACUUUAUUGUUGUUGUUGUUUUCUUUUUAAAUUAUAAUUUGAGAAUAAAAAAAAUAGCCACUCGAUGCGAAUGGCCCCCAGGCCACACUUUGGACACCCCUCACUUAAAAUGUUUUUUUCCUUUCAUAAUAUUCCACAUUUAUUGUGGUAACAUUACAACUUUUUUCUCAGACAAAAUCCUGACUUUUUUGUUUUAAGGUUCUUGUUUUAAGGUUUUGCUCUAAACAGACAAUUAUUUGGGAUUUUAUGUCAUUUUUUUAUGUUGGUCAUAUCUUAUUUGAAAGCACGUAACUAGAAACUUAAUAUUUAUCGUCCCUUCCCUUACCAGAGUGUUAGUAUAUUACACUCUCUUGGUUAGAACACAUGCUUUUUUUUGUUUUUGUUUUUUUAACCAAGCACACAACAUGCACUUGUUUGAAUAUGGAGCAGCAAAGCGAGAUCACCUGAGGGGUAAAACAUUAAGAAUCCACUUUUGACAGGAUGACCUAAGACGCAUGGUAAUGCUGCUUCAGUCAAGCUUGAAGUCAGUAUGUGUGUGCUGCUUAAACAGUUCCAAUUAAAUGUGUAAAUAAGAACAAUCAAGCAGAAAGUCAGGCCCCUAAUGACUCAUCUUUUCAUAAGAGGCACCCUCAAGCUAUUUCAUUUGCAAUAAUGUGAGUUUUAACUCUCAAAUUAGCCGCAUUUCAUUAGUGCUAAUCAGCCGUGAAGAUGAUAUGUUCCCUUCUAAAAAUAAACCACGUUGUGGCAACAAAUAUUUACCACCAGCUCUUUCUUAAUACAAAAUCAAUCUCCAAAAGUGCCCGUUCAUUUUGACGUGUACGUCGGUGUGAAGUGAAUUCCGUGGGUUGAGACGUCUUUAGGCAAAUCUUACCCAAAUCAGACAGAGUUACAAUGUUGAACAACAAACAAUGACAGAUGACCGAAGCUUAGAAUUUGUGUGCUCUGUCGCCUGCAGAUUGAGAUUGGGAGAGAAAAUUAAACUUUUGCUUGCAGGAUAAUCUGCCAGAACCAACGGUGUUGUCUCAAAGCUUCCCACAGUGGAUUAUGGACAAUUUUCAAUUGAUUCAUGCUGUAAGUGCACUCUAAAAUGUAACGGGUUAUGAUUAUCUACAACUGUGUUCGCAUGCAUCAAAGAAAAUGUGAGUAUGAGCCAAACAAUGAAUAUUCUGGUGUAUUACAAGGGCAAACGCAUUCCUGUGUUCUACGUCCACCACGGAGAACACACAUCCCAAGAAAUCAUCUAUUAUAUGCAAACUUUACCCUGUUUCAUGAGGCAUUGAGCUUGUCUUAGGCAGCGUUCACACUUGUGGUGUGGUUCGCUUAGCUUUCACACUUGUAUUGUUGUCGUGGGACCAAAGGCUGCGCAGUAAAGAACAUAUGAAUCAAAUAAGUACAAGAUAUACAGUAAUCCCUUACCACUUUCGUGAUUUCACUCUAUCACAUGUACUAUUCUACACCGGUGACAAGAUGUCAGUAAUGCUACUUUAAUGUUUGGUGAGACACACAAGCACCAGGCUCGAUCGCCAGAAGAAUAGGCUUUUAUUGCAGGUUUGAAUCAUCUCACAACGGGCAAAGUAAUCCCGCAUAAAAAUCCGUAAUAAAACUCGGACUACUGUUGUGGGCAUAACCCACGCAAGCCAAAACUCAACUCUGAACUGCCAACAUCACUUCCUGUCCAAAUUUCAGUCAACUCCCCAUAGCACCGGAACACACAGACAGCAACACACAUGAGUCUUAUUCAUGCCUUAAAUACCUUAUUUACGUUAAUUAUGUCUACUAUAUUGGGUAAUGCAAGUGUAAAUGUGACUGUAGGGGUGUUAUUUCAUGUCUAGAGGGCUCUAAUUAUGUUAUAACCUGUAUUUAGAGGGUCGUAAAGGGUCGGUUUACGGUUUUCUAUGCUCUAACUAUGAAAAUAUUUGAUUUAUAAAUAAGGAAUCCUACUUCGCAGAAAUUCACUUAACACUGGAACCAUACUGGAACGAUAAACGAGGGAUUACUGUAUUCCAAACCAAAAUGUCAUCUCCUGGGUUGAAAAUGUAGAUUAUUUUUAUAUUCUGCUAUAAGUAUCAUCUUAUAUUUCACACUUUUUUUAACAUAUUUGUCAUUUCUGCAUGUGUUUUGCUCUCAUUUUAACACACGUCCCCGUCUUUGGUCCGUGUCGUGUUCAUAUUUCUGAACCGCACCAGAGUUUACUUGCAACAGGGCCGAGACCCAUCCCCCAGGCGGUCUCGGUCCGCUUGUUUGGUGCACAUCAGAGUUUGGAUGAUGGCAUUCACUCUUGACAAACAGUACUAGCAGCGCAAAAGCACCACAGUUCCUUUUAACCCAACCAAACAUGACAAGUGUGAAUGCACCCCAGGAGGUAUGGUUUGUACUUGAGUACAUUUGCAAUACAAGUCCACGUAAACUCGUAUUUUUAUAACAAACGUAUGUUACUAUUACCCUGUCCUUUCUGCUUUCCUUUCUUAACAAUGCACUUUUGACUUGUGAAAGUCAGCGAUGAUGUCACUUCCUUCAAUGUGCAAUAUGUGUGAAUAUUCUGGAUGCAUACUGUAUAGCCAUAUACACUAGAUAGUCUCAAGAGUAACCUUGGACUUGGAUCUGUACAAACUGUAAGCAUAUUGGAGUAGGAGGAGUAUGCGGCCCUGAAAAAACACCACAAACCGUAUGAGAUGACAUCAUAGAAUGACAAGAAUAUUGUUGAAAUAUUCCAGAUUAAAGUACAAAGUCCUACUAAUAUGAGAAAAGGUUGAAAUUUACUAGAACGCUGUGUAGUAUUUGAGAGCGGAACCAGAAUAAAGUUGUAAUUUUACUGAAUGAAGUUGUAAUAUUGGAGAUUUUUUUUUAAUGAGGAAAAAAAGUAAAAAGUAGAAAUAUCACAACAAAAGGUUCAUACUUUUACGACGAUAAAGACAGGAGAUGUAAAUUUACAAUAAUAUUCUCAGUCACACAUACUAGUAUAUUUAUUUUCAGUAGUUUUACAAGAAUACGUCUUUUUGUGCAAUUUCAUUUUUCUUACAACAACAAAGAUUCAAUAUUAUCAUCAAAUUAUGCUCAAAUUAAUUAAAAAAAAAAACUAGGGCUGUCAAAUGAUUACAAAUAUUAAUCAGAUUAAUCCGUUUUUUAAUUAAUUAAUCAUGAUUAAUCACCAUUAGCAGCUAUGUCUGAAAUAUGCCCAUGUUUACUGUAUUUAACUAACAGAAAGACAAAUGACAGGACAGGAUUAUAUAUAUUUGUAUGUAUUAACAGCUCCAAAUGAACUGAAUAUGUCCAUCCAGCUAAAAGAUACCACACAAGUCUAAAAAUGUCUUUGUCUAACUCUAGUAUCUUUAACAGCAGCAGAACAAUUGAAUCACACUUUAAACCUUGUUAUGAUGAGCAUUGAGGGUUUGCGUUUAAAGACAUCAUGUAAUUUAAGGUAAAUUCUACAUCCAGAUUACGAGUUACGAAGUGAGUGAUAAGAAUAUCCACUUCAUUAUCUUCCUGUUUAUUUACACACACACACACACGCACUAUAAAGCCAUUUUUGUGAUGUUUGGAGUGUCCCUGAGUGCAUAUCGCCUGCGUGUAAUAAGGAUGAGGAAGUGUCGUUCCCAGGAUGAGCGGACUAGAGACGUGUGUGAGUUGCAGGUACAUACGGUGUAUGGUGUUGGAAUUGUACUGCUGUUGCUGUGUUCAGGUCAGAAUGAAGUUAGAAAAGAGCGUCAGACUCUGUGUGACUGCGUGGGAACUCUCCACCGUGCUUCCGUGUGCCGUCAUAGCAGAGUGGCGUGCUUGCUCUGGUGUGAAUGCAUUCAGUCAAAAAUUGAACGUAACUAAUUAAAUAAAUUACUUUCCGCGUUAUUUUUGACAGCCGUAAAAACCUAACCCUAACCCCCACACAGUAAUACUAUUUUUGUUUGUGUACUACAAGAAAGACUCCACUGCCAACGCGCUGCACCGCAGAUGUUUUCACUUGUUGUUUUAUUGCUGCAGUAGACGCAGACACUAGCUGACAGUAAAAGCAUAUUCUCUGAGCCCGUUGUCAAAUGACUGUAUUAUAACAUGCUGUACUGGAGAGGAUUUUUUUUUUUUUGGAGGAAUGUUAAAAUACGGGACAUUUAGGGGAAACUAUCGAAACGGUAGGGCGACGGAAAAAAAGGACAAAACUCCCAUAUUUUGCCCUUUUUUUCUGAGUUUCCGAGUUUUCCGGAGUAAAAGGGAGUGUUGAAAGGUACAAAGUGGAAAUAAAAUCAUGUUAUGAUUAAAACUUCUAAUACAGUGUUACAAGAAAAAGAUUGGCAUUUUAUGAAAAUAAAUAUUCUCCAAAUGUAGCAUAAUUGCUUCUUUCGCACAAUCUUGGGACUUUGAAGUUUCAAACGUAAUAUUGAACUUCAUUCUUGUACAAUUACAUCUAUUUUCUUAAUACAUUGUCUCAUAAUUUAAGCCUUUUUUUCCCUUUUCUACGUGAAAGGCCCUAAUACUGCUUCUACUUCCUAAUUGACCAUAUUCAGUCUAAUAUACUGUAGAUAAAUACUCAGAGGUACCUUUGUGCAACAUUUUGGGUAAAUCUUAAUUUUUCAAACUGCAAAUACAAAAUAUUUGUGUUCAGGAUUUGUGUGUAUGCAUUAUAAACCCUUGGCAAUGACUCAUCUAAGAGUGGUCAUUCUUCAUACUGUAUAUUGGACUGAAGAGCACAGCCAAUGAAUGCAGUUGUUGUAUUAAUAUGCAUACAGUGUUCUAUGAUCUAGAAACACAUUAUGCAGUCUAACAAACGUCUGAGUCAAUAUUUUCAAUACUUCCCUGAGACUCGAAUGCACUGAGUGAAUGCACAUUAUUUACAGUUAUUUAGCACUGAAGCUGUCAUUUGAAGUCAGCUAAUUAGAGGCCAUGGCUAUAUGUGGACCUUGUGUGCAUGUUAGUCACCUUGUUGAAUGCAGUCUUGGUGUGAUGUGUUGCCUUCUAAUGCGUUUUACUGUCGGCUGAUCCAGUGAUGAAGACAUUCUUACUGAAAACUAUUUUUUAAAAGUGUGUCCAACUGUGUGCAAGCAUACUACUGUAAAUGCAAGUAAAAGGGAAACCACUAUAAUGAAUGGAAAAUCGCUCUUUAUGUUGAUGAUGAUGUAAUGAUUAUCCCUCAAAAGCAUCUCCCUAAGGAGACGAGGUACCUCCUGUAUAUAAUGAAUAAAUCUAUAUACUCUAUAUGUUUGGCAGUUUUUUGUUGCGUGCAAUUAAUCACUAUCAUCAGAUUUUAUUUUGUAACAUGGAACGGAUGGUCAAACAGCACGGUACGAUUCAAUGGAGUGUGUGCUACCAAUGACUAUGACACUGAAUAAAAAUACAUAAAAAUAUGUAGGGAACAGCUCCAUAAGAAUAAAUCAAUAUCACUACAAAAAAAAAGUUGUGUUGCAAUUUUACUCAAAUAAAGUAAUUUUUGUGAGUGAACAUGAAAGAAAAUGUUUAUACUACAAAUUUCAGCUUUUGGCUUCUAAUAUCACGACUACUUUAUUACAUUACAUCAUUUUGCUGAAAAAGUAUGGUUUUAUGUAGACAACAUUAGGCUGUUUUUGUUGUAAUAUUCCAACUUUAGUCCCAUGACAUUACGUCUUAUGUCUUAUUAUGUCUUGUGAAGGUACAAUUACCUUGAUAACAUUACAACUUUUUCUUGCAUUAGUGUGACUUUAUUUUGACAACAUGACGUUUUUUUUCGACGCAGUACAACUUUAUUCCCGUAACAUUCCGAUUUUCUCAUAACUGUCCAACUUUAUUUUGAUGACAUUAAGACGUUUUUCCUUGUAACAGUACGACUUUGAGUAACAUUAAGACUUUACUUUAAUACCAUUACAUUUUUUUUCUCAUAAUGACACCACUUUAUGCUAAUAACGUUACAGGAAAAAAGUAUUUUAUUACUUUUUUCUUGUGAUAGCACAACUGUAUUCGAGUAGCAGUUCAUUUUUUUUCUUUACGUGUUAUGACUUUAUUCUUUGCUUCCAGUGUGGUGUCCACUAAUGCAUCACGGUGCAAUACAAAUGUUUGGUUAUAAAAGAACAAACAUGCUCUCUGUGCUAAUUAAAUUUGUGUUUAUUUUGUUGGGUGUCUCAUUGUUAGAGAGAGCAUUGUCAGCAUAUGUGUGCAGGCUUGCAGGCACUGAAAUAUUAUAAAUGAAUGCGAAGGUAUAGCUUGUAUAUGUGCUGUUAGUGAAUACAAUACAUGCAUUCAUUACACAUAGCCUUGUUUGUGUGUUCCUUUCAGCCUCAAGCCUGUGUGUGUGCUAGCUCAGUGAAUAUAAUAAUGUGCCCAGAUCCCCACUGGCAUUUUUUAGGACAUUACUAAAAUUAAAAUGGCCACUUUAAAAUUCCAAAUCAGGUUUCAUGGUUUCAAUCAAGCAAAUGGGCUGUAACGAAUGUGGAUGUGUUACAUAAGGAACUUUGGGAUGUCUUAGCUUUUACUCAGCAUCACCCAGAGACUUAAGUGACCAAUGCUACCAUGUAAACCAAAUGACAUCUGAUGCUCGCAAACGGCAUGAGAAGGAACAUGCCCGAGGCUCUCUGACAAAAUAGGCUUGGAAUUGAAAUUUGUGCUCAAGAGAUGUUUGAUCUCACAAAAGGAGAUGUGACCUUCCUCCAAAAGUAAGCUAUACAUCUGCAUGCAGACAUUUGCAGAAUGACUGUAUUCUUAGCAGCGAUACAGAAGCCCGGUAUCCAUGGAAACAUCCACUUGGCUGACACAGAAAACAACAGGCCCCAUGUGGACAAUGUGUGACAAAGGUAUGCGAGAUCCUUUUGAAAACACAAGACCAUGAACUAGUUAACAACUAACCGUCGCACGUUACCUUUGCCUCAUCUCCUUCUCGGAUCGGCUGUGUUAUGUUGUUUAGCGUCUUGACUAUCCUACUUUCACCGGGGAGAGGGAAAUUAGGGCAGAUCUGCAUUAUGUAAGCUUGAAGAGACGUGUCAAGCACUGUGAAGACAGCGUAUGACUACGAGCCUUUGCCGAGGGAAGAACCUUUACUAUCGACUCACAUCAGGCAAGCGGACGCAGCAGAAACACCGCUGACUCAAAGCGUCUUGAUACUUCUAUCUUUCCGUUGACAGCGCGGAACACAACGGCACAUCUGGUGCAGUAUGUGAUGCCUCGCAGUUGUUAUAGUCUCAGACAUAUGUCUCUGCACCCCGAAGCCUUCCCGACCCACUCAGUCAGUGCACUUACAUGACACUGGAGAAAAUGGAAUUGUUGUGCUAGUCCGAUUGAAGCUGAAGGCUUUUAAAGUAGUGGAGUGGAUCCCCGCAUGAUCACGAUGCAGCA